AGUGAUUAAACAUUUGCCAACCAACUGGGUGAAGAAUACAAAUAAAUAUGAAUCCAUGACAUUAAUGAGACCCGUUGAUGUUGUCUGUUUGCCUCUUCUGACUGACCUUGUAGUAAAUGAUUUAUGAAGAGAGGUGAAAGGGGAGUGGAGGAGGAGCUUUUCCUCUAGCUUUUCAGUCAUUGGGAACAUUUUUCAUUUCUUWACUUCUUUUUAGUUUCCUAAAAAGACAGACAGCUGAGCAUCAGUCACCUGUGAGUCUGGGUGAUGAGGAAAACUUCCCAGUGACAUCUCUUGUUUUUAUUCACCUAUGGAGUCAUACGUGUUGGAUUGUUUGUUAUGUUUGCUCCCAUGCUCCUUGUUUUUCCUGCUGUGUUUGGGUCUGCGCUGGCCGGGGUUCUGCAGUUGGGUAAAUGUGGCUGUCAGGGCUGCAGGCUGGAAGCUGUGGGUCACAACGUGCCUGAUCCUGGAUCUGCCGCUGCCGCACAGCGACGAGGAGCUGAAGCCACCAGAGACGUCAUCAGGUCAGACCUCAGAUGGACCCAGGCUCAUCUGUAAACCCUCUGCACUGGCCAGGUACCUGCUGCAGCACUGUGGCUCGCUCACAAAGGCAAAACUGGCCURCUGGCCCUGGGGUGACCCYCACCUGCAGACGGUCUCCAGCCAAGUGUGUGGAGAACAUGCAGACAGCAUCCAGUUCACCAGAGAGCUCCUGCUGCUGAAGGACGGGGGGGUCGUGGCUCUGGACUGGGCRAACAGGARGUCGGAGGUGAAGAAGGAGCAGCAGUCAGGGAGGAAGGYGCUCGGGUGUUUCACCUCGACGCCCCCCGUCCUGCUCCUCAUCCCUCAGGCCUGGGGAGGGACGACCCCCCACCUGCGGCGGCUCAGCCAGCAGGCCGCGCGGCAGGGSUUCUCUGUGGUCGUGUUUCACCAUCGKGGCACAGCYGGGUCGCCCCUCACCACAGCAAGAAUCUGUGAGUUUGGAGACCCGGCGGAUCUGGAGCAGGCGGUGCUGUAUGUCCGCAGUCGGCACCCGUCCUCCGUGUUGGUUGCGGUGAGUGAAGGAUCGGGCUCCGCSGUCCUGCUGUCCUACUUGGGCGAGCGAGGUUCAAGCACCUGCCUAACAGCAGCUGCAGCCAUCUCACCUGUGUUGCUGGGGCAACGGUGGUUUGAAAGCGCCAUGCCGCCUCUUUACCGCUGGGGGGUGCUAUUUCACAGAAAAAUGCAGCUGRGCAGAUACGUCAGUGCGCUCAGAGGAAUCCUGGAUGUGGAUCGUGCCCUCAGAUCCUCCAGCCUCAGAGAUUUUGAAGAAGCUCUUUUCUGCUUUCCCACUGAGAAAGCUUCUCCAUCCACMGAGAGAAACCCUGCAUCUCCCUCCCUCAGGGGCCUAACGUCAGCAGCGGCCUGGGCACUGGGUGAAAGAGCCUACCCAGCAGCGGACUGGGAGAGCUACUGGGCGAGGAACGAACCUCUGAGAGAUGCAGAUGAGGUGGCGGUCCCAGUGCUCUGCAUCUGCAGCUCUGAUGAUCCUCUCCUCCCUCCAGCCUCCACKCUCCCGGUUUCCCUUUUCCAGAGCAACCCUUACUUCCUGCUGGCGCUAACGGACAGAGGAGGGCACUGCGGGUUCGCCCUGGACGCCGRGCAGCAGACGGAUGAAGGCAGGACAAGCAGUGAGGAUGAGGAUGAAGGUAUCUGGAGUCAUAUCGCAGUGCUGGAGUUCCUAAGAGUGGCGUCUGACUUCCUGAAAGAGGCGGAAAGGGAUUGGAAAAGCUGGAGAGGCCAACAGGAAGUGAACGGCGUCAGAGGCCAGAAGARCAAGAUGAACGCUGCAGCGAUGCCUCGUCGGAGGAGAGGCGCCAUGAUGAAGAGAUCCAGACCCCAGCCAGCAGGGCAGAGCGGCGUGGACGAUGUGGAUGGAGACCCUUUCACCUGGAAGAGGUCUUACACGCGAUAAGACAUUUUAUACGUCAGGUUUUCAAAACUAGGAUAAUAAAUUCUUGUCCAAAAAGGUCA